AUGCACAAACGGGCCGUUUGGGCUGGGCAGAGCAGGCUCGGUACAAGGAUGGGUCAGCUGGUGAGCAGCAGUAGCGUUGUUGUGGAGGUGACCGUUGGCGAGUGCGGUGACAGGCCCUUUUUCGUUGAGUACAACGGGUCGUAUGUGCCCGCUGUGCGGCCGGGCGUUGUGUAUGCGGUGCGGUUGAACCGGGACGGCGGUGAGGUGGUGUGUAUGUUGCAGAAGGACGACUCCAGUGUCGAGAUUCCGUUGCAGAGAACCGGGGCGCCCGACCGCUACGGCUUCAGACUGGAUACGCCGUGUGCGAGCGGGUUCUACCGGCUGAAGUGUCUGGAUGUGGACGCUGUGGUGUUCGUCAGUGGAGCCGAGGGUUCUCGGGCUGCUGAGCAUAUUUCUGGGUCCCACAGAUUGCGUCAUGGUAGUGCCUGGUUGCCAGAUGGCGCGGAGUUUCGCAAACUGAUAGGCGGUCUCGAGGAUUCGGUGGCGUCUCUGCAGAAAAGCGCCCGUUGGAGGAUACUGCUGGAUAAUCUAGUGAGACUUAAUGAUCUUCUUCGAGCGGUUUCGUCGGUUUGCGACGGUUUACUGAGCAUAAGGGUCAGUUUCGCUGGCGACGAGGACCACCCUUUGAAACGACUUUUUAACGAAGAUUUGCACGCUUGGAUCCGUGCCUUUAAUGCGAAUCAUGUGCUGAACGUAUCGCAAUCGCUCAGCAAAGACGUGAUAACGCCCUUGCAGGAGUUCCUGGAGUUUGAGAAACAAAAUCAGAAGAUACUCCCCAAGAAGCAAAAGAACUUUCACGAAGCGAUGAGACUGAUGUACUCCACGCAAUCGUCGCUACCUUUGAGCAGCAAGGUGCAGUACGAAUUAGCACGGUUGGAAUACCAAAACUUUCUCGACCAAUGUUUUGUUGUUGGUCCGCCUCUGCGAAGAUUAUACAGCGGGGUAUCGCUCUUUCUGCGAAAGCGAGUGCCAGAGAAGGAGCUCAACGAGAGCUACAUGAAAAAAAAUCAUCAACUGAGAUUAUCCAUAAAAAACGCACGAAGUUUGAGUGACUUGACAAAACUGUACUCCUCGUUAAACACGCCGCAUGUAGAGACUUAUGCCUGGGUGGAAUUUCAGGAAGGCGACAGUACUUCUGCCCCUGGCAGCACUGGCUCAAGCAGUGGCUCCCAAUGGCGCCAAUGGAUUAUCCUAGAUGGUAAUCAGUUGAGUGUAUUUCAUCAUUCCAAGAAGAUACCCUUGCACACUGUUGAUUUAUCGUUCGCAUGCAUCAAGAAAAUUAAUAGGACCACAGUCGAGAUACAAACGUCCGGAUUACCUUUUUCAGUUCCAGCGUCCGCCAGUUCUUCUUCAUCUGUUGAGCAUACUAGCUCGAAUUCCAAGAAUCAUCGGUCAAAGGUUUAUUUGCUCUUCAAGGAUCAUUCAGAGGCUGAGCAAUGGUUUGAUAUGCUAAAGCAGGUCAAUCUAGAAACUAAACAGUACUCAAGUUCUGCAGUUGAGGCCUCAUCAAAACAUAAGGAUCAUACUGCCACUACUGCAUCGUUAAUUGAUGUAGUCAUGAGCCAGCAUGAAUCUAAUUCCAGGUGCUGUGAUUGUGGCGAUUCCCAGACUGUGGAAUGGAUUUCCAUAAACCUACUCUGUGUGCUUUGCAUAAAAUGCUCCGGUGUUCACAGAUCAAUGGGUUCUCACGUCUCGAAGGUAAGAUCCUUGACAUUGGACAGUUUCACUUCACCGGAAAUACUUCAUCUUCUUCGAAACGACGUAUCCAAUGCGAAUGUCAAUUCCAUUUACGAGUCAAGUGAUCCAGAAGAAGCGAAACUCACGCCACAAUCCUCCGAUUCUGAAAGAUCGCGAUAUAUCAUCAACAAAUAUCAAGCAUGCAAAAUGGUAUCCGAUGGCAACCAGGAUGCAAAAACCUCUUUGAAGUCGUUGAUAAAGGCAAUACAUUUGGACAGCAUCUACCUGCUACAGAAAACUAUAGCACAAUCCAAAUACUCCCUCAGAGAUAUCGUCACCGAGCAGUCCAGAUCCGAUUGCGAUGUAGUACUACCAACAAUAUUCCAGUACUCUCUUAAACACCACGAAAUGGUUCAUGGAAAACCUGUAUUCUUCAUAACUGAGUUCCUGCUGUACAACGGCCUUCCGGUUGAUAGAAUUCCAAAUAAUACAUCCAAUUGGUCUCCUGCUGUCAUCGAAUACUGGAAGAGCAAAUUCGACAUGUAUGGCGUUUUCUCGCCGAAUACACACACGUCGAAACCUCCCGAGGGCAGGGAAUCUACGCUGGCUCCGCUAAGCAUACCAGCAGAUAAACAGCCAGGGCGGCGAUGGAGCUUGAAUCAUAUGCCAAGCUCUCCGCAGAUCAAGUCGCCUACGAAUAUAUUAAAUAUGCAUAAGUCUUUGAAGCUUUCGAAGAGGGGAAACGGAACGAGGAAGUCUUAG